CUCCCCGUCCAGAUUCUAGUGCAUUGAAGGAGCAAAGGGAACGUUGGCAGGGUUUCUUUUCGCUUUGUUGUUGUUUUCUUCAUAUUUUCUGCACACAACAGACACCUCAAGAUGGUGUCCUCACAUUCUUUACCCGAAGGAUUCAAUGACCUGGACGUGUUUGGAUUAGGGACAGCACUGCUUGUGGAGGGACUCAUCGGCUUCAUCUUCAAUGGCCUGACAUUGCUGUCAUUCUAUAAAGUAAAAGAAUUAAGGACUCCAAGCAAUUUUUUCGUGUUCUCCCUUGCUGCGUCCGACAUUGGGAUUUGUAUGAACGCAUUCAUUGCUGCUUUCUCCAGCUUUUUGAGAUACUGGCCUUACGGCUCAGAAGGCUGUCAGAUUCAUGGCUUCCAUGGUUUCCUAACGGCACUCUCCAGCAUCAGCACCUGUGCUGUGAUCGCCUGGGACAGAUACCACCAGUACUGCACAAGAACAAAACUUCAAUGGAGCACUGCCAUAACAGUGAUGGUUAUUGUGUGGGGAUGUUCUGCAUUUUGGUCUGCUAUGCCCUUAGUAGGAUGGGGUGAAUAUGAUUAUGAACCAUUAAGGACCUGCUGCACACUGGACUAUACAAAGAGAGACCGGAAUUUUGUCUCCUAUGUGCUUCCAAUGGCAUUCUUCAAUUUUGUGGUUCCAGUGUUACUUAUCCUCUCAUCCUACCAGUCAGUGUACCAGAAGUUCAAGAAAACAGGGCAAAUGAAGUUCAAUACAGGACUUCCAUUGAAAUCUCUCGUUUUUUGCUGGGGUCCUUACUCCAUUAUGUGUCUUUAUGCAGUCUUUGAAGAUAUCACAGCGUUCUCCCCUAAACUGAGAAUGAUUCCAGCUAUCAUGGCUAAAACAUCACCAAUGUUAAAUGCCUUUCUGUAUGCGCUUGGAAAUGAGAAUUACAGAGGAGGAAUUUGGGAGUUUUUGACUGGACAGAAGAUUGAAGUAGUACAACCUGAUAACAAAUCCAAAUAAAUGAUAUUGUUCCAUUAUUUUUACACUGUUUUGUCAUGUCCUAGCCCAUACUCUUAACCUCAUCAUAUUGUAUGUAUAAAUUUAGAUUACUGUAAAAUAUUUGUGUAACUGGACAUUUUAGCUUGUUCCACAUUGGAAAACCAUACAUCACAUGUGAAGUCAAAAUAAAGAUGAACAAAUUUGAGGAAUCUGAAUAAACUAACUAUCUGUAACAUGUUCCUAAUUUUUCUAUAAUUCAGAAUAUUCAGUCAUAUCCUGUCAAAUCAAUUCAAUCAUAUCCUUAUCUUAAUGUCUGCAAUAACAUUUGUGCUUUCUUCCUAGAUUUAGAUAUUUAGGCAUAAGAAUAUAAAUAUUUUUAGAGUAAUGCUCCUCCUCCCCCAACUCUUCACUCAUAUCAGUAUUUUAAAGAUUUAGAAAUAUUCCUCUGUAUAGUGAAUAUGCAUAGAAAAUAUGUAACUAAUUCCAUCCAUCCAUUAUCCAACCCGCUAAAUCCUAACUACAGGGUCACGGGGGUCUGCUGGAGCAAAUCCCAGCCAACACAGGGCACAAGGCAGGAAACAAACCCCGGGCAGGGCGCCAGCCCACCGCAGGUAACUAAUUUAUAUCCUAAAAUAAUUAUACACUUGUGUAAGUAAAUAAUAGAAUUUACACUUACAUUUUAUUGCUACAAUAAUAUUCAAUAACAUUCACAACAUAUGUGGACAUUGUGAACUUUUUAGAUAGUAGCUUGCUAUUUGUUUCGGAGUGGUUUUGAACCAAAGCAACCUGGAACAUUCAUGAUUGUGACCAGGACUGUGACUCUAAACACUGUGAAGCAUGGUUACUUGAUACAGUGUGCCUUUUAAUACUGAAAUGUUUAGUUUGGUCACUUUAUUACUGACUGCCUAAAUGUCUUUAUCUAUUAUCAGACUUUUGUGGUUUUAAUUUUGACCUUUUAUCUUGCAGGUUUAAGAAAUUCCUAGCAUGCAUUCUGUUGCAAUAGAACAUAUCACACCUUUCUUUCUGCUGUACUAGUUUGUAAAAAACUUCAAAGUAGAAAUUGAUCUUCUUGGUGUAUUAAACUCUGCUUAAGCAUGAAACACA